AUGGUGCAGUUCCUGAAGUUGGUAGUGCUGUUGGUGGCGUUGGUCACCGUGACUGUGGCCCGCUCGAGCUUGAUGAACCGCAUGGAUGUGGCCCCGCGUGGCUGCAAGUGGCAGCGGGUGUUGGACGAGAUGGGCGAAGAGGAAGCACCGGCAACCGUGACCACGGUGCUCUCCUGCAAGCUAAAAACGAUUGGUGGUACGGACACGCUGAUGCGCAAUCUGUCCUCGUACCAGAUCGAACGGAUCAAUUCGCUGCGGCUCGAGUGUAGCGACAUCCUGUUCUUCGAGAGUUCGCUCGAAGCGAACCAACAUUCCGGUGCGUUUCUCGGUUCGCUGCGACGACUGCGGGACCUAAAGAUCGAGUACUGCAAGAUCAAGUACGUGCCUUCGAUGGUGCUGGCGACACUACGUGACCUCCGGUCGUUGUCUCUCCGCACGCACAACACCGACUGGUCGGCGAUGAAUCUCGAGUUCCACCCGGAAAGCUUCCGGGGAUUGACGGAGCUGAAGCGGCUCGACCUGGCCGACAACAACAUCUGGAGCCUGCCGACGGACGUGUUCUGUCCGCUGUUUUCCCUGCGCCAUCUCAACCUUACCCGCAACCGGCUGACGGAUGUGUCACAGCUUGGCUUCUCCGACUGGGGCAAUGGACCAACGGCACCCGGGAAGGCAUGCAACACGGGUCUGGAAGUGUUGGACCUAUCGCACAACGAUUUGCUUGCCUUGCCCGACAAUGGGCUGUCCUCGCUCCGGUCGCUCAGCGUGCUAAUGCUGCAGGACAACCUGCUGACCGCGCUUGCCGACCGAUCGUUCGUUGGGCUCGGUUCGCUAAAAGUGCUCAACAUGUCCAGCAACAAGCUGGUUGCGUUACCGCCGGAAACGUUCCAAUCGACGCGCGAACUGCGACAGAUCUAUCUGCAGAACAAUUCCCUAUCGGUGCUUGCACCGGGCAUGCUCGAAGGUCUCGACCGGCUAGAGAUUCUGGACCUUUCCUACAACGAGCUAACGUCCGAGUGGGUGAAGAGAAAUACGUUUGCCGGUAUGAAGCGAUUGGUGGUGCUGGAAAUCGCCCACAACGCACUCACCAAAAUCGACCGGCAUGUAUUCCGAGAGCUUUACAGUCUGCAGAUUCUUAACCUGGAAGCGAAUCAGAUCGAAACGAUUGCGGACAAUGCGUUUAGCGAUCUGAAGAAUCUGGUAGCGCUGACGCUGUCCCACAACCGGCUAAAGCGUAUCGAGCAGCAUCACUUUUCGGAGCUUUACGUGCUGAACCAGCUGUACAUUGAGUCGAACAUGAUUGAAUCGAUGCAUGGACGUGCGCUGGAAAAUCUUACCAACCUGAACGAUCUGAACCUGAACGAUAACCGGCUGACGGAAAUUCCGGAAGGAUUGGGCAAGCUGCGGUUCCUGAAAUCGCUCGACCUUGGCAAGAACCGUAUCAGUGCGGUCAGCAACGCUUCGUUCGAAGGGCUUGAGCAGCUGCUCGGUUUGCGGCUAGUGGAGAACCGCAUUACGAACAUUUCACGUGACGCGUUCGUAACGUUGUCGUCCCUUCACGUCCUUAACCUCGCAUCGAACCAGAUCCGUCACAUUGAUCAGUCGGCGUUCAGCUCUAAUCCAACCAUUCGUGCAAUUCGGUUGGAUAAUAAUGAUCUGGAAGACAUUAGUGGUGUGUUUACGUCCCUACCGGCACUGGUGUUCCUGAACGUUUCCGACAACCAGAUCCGUCUGUUCGAUUAUUCGCAUUUCCCGGUAUCGCUCGAGUGGCUCGAUAUGCAUCAAAACAAUAUUACCGAGCUUGGCAACUAUUACGAUCUAAACAAUCUGCAGAUAAAGAUGCUGGACGUGUCCUUCAAUCGGUUAACGUCGGUGGAUGCGAAAUGCAUCCCGGACAGCAUCGAGACACUCUUCCUCAACAAUAACGCACUGGAAGAGGUAGCUGCCGGUACGUUCCUCUCCAAACGCUCGCUGGAGAAAGUGGUCCUUUACGGAAACUACCUGCGAAAGCUAGAAAUCGGUGCUCUAGCAUUAACUCGCGUUGCCGAUGACCGUGAAGUGCCCGCCUUCUACCUGGGCGACAACCCAAUCCACUGUGACUGUACGAUGGAGUGGCUGCAGGGCAUCAACAAGCUGGCCCACCUCCGGCAACAUCCCCGCGUGAUGGAUCUCGACACGGUCCUCUGCACGAUGGAGCACGAACGUGGGGCAAGCAUCCGUCCGCUUAUGGAUCUUCGGCCGCACGAUUUUCUGUGCCGGUACGAGACGCACUGUUUCGCCACAUGUCACUGUUGCGAGUUUGAUGCGUGCGAUUGCAAGAUGACGUGCCCGGACCGGUGCAGCUGUUACCACGAUCACACGUGGAAGGCGAACAUUGUCGAUUGUGGCAGUGCCGAUUACACCGAGGUGCCGGAACACAUCCCAAUGGAUGCGUCCACCAUCUAUCUCGAUGGAAACGAGCUUCGGCAGCUGGCCAGCCAUCAGUUUAUUGGGAAGAAAAAGCUGGAAGUGUUGUAUCUGAAUGGUAGCAACAUCCGGGACGUGCAUAACCGUACGUUCAACGGCAUUCCGAGCCUGCGGGUGCUCCAUCUCGAGAGCAACUACAUUAACGAGCUGCGCGGGUUCGAGUUCGAUCAGCUGACGAACCUGAACGAGCUGUACCUGGACCACAAUGCGAUCGGGUUCGUCGGUGAGCGUACGUUUGAGAGCUUGCGGUUUCUGGAGGUGAUUAACCUGAGCGAUAACCGCAUCAGUGAGUUCCGACCGUGGCAAGCGUUUGCGGCGGCCAGUGAGACAGGUUCCCUUGCCCGCGUGUCCUUGGACGGGAACCGGUGGCGGUGUGAUUGUGAGUCCUUGCGCCGGCUGCAGCGGUGGAUCCGUGGUGUUAGUGGGAACUUCGAUCUGCAGCGAAUGAUUUGUGCCGACAGUCGAGUGGUUGCUGACGCUAUUGCGUCCUGUGACAGUCGGCAACCGGGAACGUUCGGUGGAGAACUCGGUGCGGGUGAAGUUGAUGGUGAAGGCCCACCGGCCGUGCAUCGGACGGUUCUGCUCGGGCAUGGACUGAUCGGUGGCGGUUACGUUCCUCUGUUGGCGGCGAUUCUUGUUGCCAUCAUCGGUACAGCGCUGAUUGUAGCGUUGGCAUGUGUCUUCCGGCAGGACGUGAGGCUGUGGGCACAUGCACGUUACGGUGUCCGGUUGGUGAAGGAUCCGAUCAUCGUCGGUGCUGGUAGGAAGGAGGCGGAUUCGGACCGCCUCUACGAUUGCUAUCUGGUGCACAGUGUCCACGAUAGUGAUUUCGUGGGCCGACUACUUGGCGCCGAGCUACAGCUCCAUGGGUACUCCGUCUGUCUUCAUCAUCGGGAUGUCCAUCCGGGUGCGUUCCUUGCCGACUCGCUGCAGGGUGCAGCUGAUGCUGCCCGCAAACUGCUGCUCGUCGUCUCGAUGAACUUCCUGCAAACUGAAUGGUCUCAGCCACAGUUCCGUGUGGCACUUCAGUCCGUUAUUGAGAGCAUUCGACCCACCCACCGGCGUCAUAAGAUCGUGCUGGUGCUUACCGCGCCGGUGGAGAUUGUGGCGAUGGACCCGAUCAUGCAUCUGCUUAUCCGCACCUGCACCGUAGCGUGCUGGGGAGAGCGCAAGUUCUGGGACAAGCUGCGGUACGCGCUACCGGACGUACCGAAGGACCGCGUUCCAACCAAGCUCGGUGACAUCACCCGCAGUCCGGCCAAUCUGCGCUACACACCUGCCCCGACAUCGCUCGAGCAGUGGUGCAAGAUUAGCCCGAGCGAGGGAGGCGCUGGUGGGGUCGUACCACCCGGUGGGCCCGUCCCGGUGCCGGUUGCCAUCCCGCAGAGCACCCCAUCCCAAAGCACCUGCAACACGGAGGACGAAUCGUCGUCGUCCGCAUCCUCGCAACACUACGAGGCUCCGAUGAGUCAGCACUACAACAUGAGCCGAUCCAGUGCCUCGCUUGGUCACGUGUACUCCACGAUACCGGAGACGCCCCAGAUGGGGCGCAACGGAAGAGCUUAUUUUGUGUAAA